CUUCGUAGGACUGAAAAUUUCUUUGUUUAUGGGACAGAUGUUGCUGUCCUUCAGCUGUGAAGGUAAUAAAGCCAACAUAGAACCCUAAAGUGCAGAUAUGAACGAUGUGAUCUUCGUGGUGGGAAACUAAGUUUUAAACUACCCCAAUGGAUGCAGACAGUGAUGUUGCAUUGGACAUUCUAAUUACAAAUGUAGUCUGUGUUUUUAGAACAAGAUGCCAUUUGAACUUAAGGAAGAUUGCUUUGGAGGGAGCAAAUGUAAUUUAUAAGCGUGAUGUUGGAAAAGUAUUAAUGAAGCUUAGAAAACCUAGAAUUACAGCUACAAUUUGGUCCUCAGGAAAAAUUAUUUGCACUGGAGCAACAAGUGAAGAAGAAGCUAAAUUUGGUGCCAGACGUUUAGCCCGCAGUCUGCAGAAACUAGGCUUUCAGGUAAUUUUUACAGAUUUUAAAGUUGUUAACGUUUUGGCAGUUUGUAACAUGCCUUUUGAAAUUCGCUUGCCAGAAUUCACAAAGAACAAUAGACCUCAUGCCAGUUAUGAACCUGAGCUUCAUCCUGCUGUGUGCUAUCGGAUAAAGUCUCUAAGAGCUACAUUACAGAUUUUUUCAACAGGAAGUAUCACAGUAACAGGGCCCAAUGUAAAGGCUGUGGCUACUGCUGUGGAACAGAUUUACCCAUUUGUGUUUGAAAGCAGGAAAGAAAUUUUAUAACUCAUCACUUAAUUGGUUAGAAUCUCUAACUGAGCACCUUUUAAAACCUGCUGCACAUUGGACUCAAAGCAAAAGGAAAACUGGACCAACAGUAAUUGAGGAAAUAGACUCUCUUAUUCACUCACAGCUACAGUGUAAGCUCCAGUCCCUUUGGAUUUUAUUUCAAACUUUGCUGUAAUAUAAAAGGAAGUUUACAUGACAUGACAUUGCUGCUUUUACAAAAGGACAUUCUAUUUAUUUUCGCAGUAAUUCUCAUGUCCCCAUAAGCAGAGCUGUCACAAUGUGCACUACCUUAAAUUGUUUUAUUGUUGUCAUUAUUUUUUUCCAGUUUGAGCUAAUGUGUUUUAUUUGUGAAUAGUCUUUUACAUUUUUGUAUGCUGAAUAUGGGCACCAAAGAACCUGUAAAAGUUACCUUUUUCAAUUGAAUGUGCACAAAUAAAAGUUUGGAAAAGAUCUCUCUUCAUAUCCAUUCUGUAACUUUUAUUCCCCAUUUUCUAUUUUCAUAAAAAUUGUAUUCGUAAUUCUUUUUCUUUUUAACCUAUGCAAGUUUAGACUCUGGCUGAAGUGUGUUGGCUUUUUGAGGUUGAUUUUAUAUAUAUGUAUAUGCUAUAUGUGUGUGGUGUCUUUUCAUGCUCUGUUACCAAAUAUCAAAUAGGAUUUUUUUUUUUAUAUUUUGCAGAUUAGAAGUAAAAAUAUGUAUAUAAACUCUAGGGAAUUGGAGUAGAACUUUAUAAAAGAUUUUUAUGUUGCAAAUUUAAUACAAUAGAAAAUGUUAAAUAGCUUUUAAAGGUAAAGAAAUUGUAGUUUUAAAAAGACAAACCUCUUACCCACCAGUUGGACAUGAGAAAGAAGCUGUAAUGGGUUGUACCUUGUGUACUUUUGUGUUCUGGAAAGACUCAGUUGUAGUCGUAGGGAUGUGAUUGAGGUUCUUGACUUACUCAUCUUAGGUUUCUCAAGGCUCUACUAGGAGUCUUGUCUGAAGUUGAUAACAUUGUUCUGUUUUAACAAGAAGUGCCCACAAGCUGCCUCUGUGCCACAGUAGUUCCUUGAAAGCCAUUUUGCAAGUUUUGUCUUUCCCUUUGCUGUGUCUUAUUUAAUUUAGCUAAAGAGUGACUUCAAUAUAUAAGAUUGAUACUCUUAGUUUGAAUAAAUACACAUUUGUGAAACAGGGUCGUGGCUCACACAUGGCCCUGAAAUGGUAACGCAGGAUCAGUUGUGCUCCACUGCUUAAGUUUAGAGGUAUACUGCAACCAACACUGACUUUACCUAGAAAUGAGCUGGGUAAAGAGUCAAAGAAGCUUCUCAGUAGAAACUGAAUAGAGAGAGUUUUUCAACACACUCUCCCACAAAUACUGCGUUUACCUACAUAUUUUGAAAUGUUCGUAAAAACUUGCAACACCUGAACCUCCAUGUUUAGUACAUUUUCUGUACCAUAUUAUAAAAUCUUGAAAACCUACCUUAAGCACUGAACAGUAUAUAUUAUGUUUAUUUUUGUUUUCUUUUUUCUUAAAGCCUUCCCCUGCCCCUGCCUCUCCUUCCCUCAAAAGUAGGGGCAAAGGUUAACUUUUUAUACUUUUUCUCAUGUAAGAUUUAAGUGUGAUUUUUUUAAGCCUUAAUUCUUUUUUUUACAUUUGUUUGUUUCAUUUUAAGAUCAGUAGGAUAGCUUAACUCCUACAUACAGAGAAUAAAAUAAGAUGAAAAAGUUACAAGCAGGCUGUUUUUCAAGGUUUAAAAUUUUCUCACUUAUUUUUAAUUAACAGUAUAAGUCAACUCAUUUUGAAGUACUCACACAAAUUAAAAAAAAAAAAACAUAGAAAGGGGGGAGAAAACAUAAUUGUAUAGCCAGGGUGCAGAUCCAGAUGCACAAACACUUUCGGUGUUUGGAUGACUUGAAAACCAGGCAAACUGGAACUUUUGGAAAUGCUUUAUCUGGGAGGGGAGGCAAGAUUGCCUGAUGGGAUCAGGAUUCAGGACUGUUGAGUAAUCGCCGCCUGGUAGUGUCUGUGGAUAGUCCACUGAACAUAACCAGUCUGGGAAGAAGUGAGUGUGUCUGAUGUCUUCUGGUUUUCCACAAGUACUGUAAAUUUUUUUAAUAAAUAAAAGCUGUGAAUAUAUACAUACAAAUUGUAAGUAUUCCCCCUUUUUAUUUUUGAAAACCAAAAAGCUUCAUUUGGUGGGG